CGCCCUUCCCCUCCCCUCCCCUCCCCGCUUUCUGUUCACCUUCCCUUUCUGAAAGAGAAAAUAGAGACCGCUUUCGAUGGGAUCAGUCCCUCCGUUCAUUUGCCAAACUCAAGCCGCCUGAGGCCGGGCAGGGGGGCCCCUCAGAGUCCCGUGAGCGUCAGCCCUGCGAGGAAGACCUUCGGAAGGAGCGAUGCGGCUGGCCAAGCUCUCCGUGGGGCCCGUCCUGUGGCUCGCCGGCUGGUGCCUGCUGGCAGCAGGUGAGACCUCGGGGCAGGAGGACCCCCGGCAGCCCUGCUCCCCACAAUUGGGCUCCGAGAAUUGCCCCAGACCCACAAAGUCAGCCCCUCUGGUGACCUCGUUCACCAAGACCCCCACCCCUCCCUCAAAGCACACCACCACCCACCACCAUCGCCGGCACACGACCGUUCCGGCCAACCACACCACCAGCCACCCCGCCACUACCACCACGCCCAAGAAGCCUACCACCACCCACCACGCCACCACAGCCCCUGCCAACCACACCUCGGCCUCCCACCACACCUCGGCCACCCACACCUCGGCCUCCCACCAAACCAGCCACCCCACCACCACAGCCUCUGCCAACCACACCUCGGCCUCCCACAACACCACCGCUGCCCACCACACCACCGCGGCCCACAACACCACGGCCGCCCACACCACCGCCGCCCCACGGCCCACCCAGCCACCGAGCGUGCUCGUGGGGAACUACACCGUCAAGCAGGGCGCCAGCAUCUGCCUGCGGGCAGAAAUGGGGCUGAAGAUGCAGAUCCAGUACGCAGACCAAGCCAAGCGGCAGGUCUGGGGAGCCUUUGCGGUGCAGCCCAACCACACCAACUUCUCCGGGACGUGUUCCGACAAGACAGCCACCUUGAAACUACAUUUCCCAGAAGGCUUCAUUCUCUUCACUUUCGAAAAGAAUGCAACAGAAAAGGCAGUGUACCUGAGGCAGGUGGAGGCCAACCUCACCUACCAGUUCCCCCAGGCGACAGAGAAGACCUUCAGGGCCAACAACGCCUCCCUCCGGGAGUUCGCGGCCCCCCUGGGCAAAUCCUACCAGUGCCGCAACCGCAGCCUGGCCCUGAGUGAGAACUUCCGCCUGACGGCCCUGAGCGAGCGCGUCCAGGCCUUCCAGCUGCAAGACGGGAAGUUCGGGGAAGCGGAGGUCUGUUCCGAGCAGAAGCGCUCCGUCGUCCUGCCCAUCGUGGUGGGUGUGGUUCUCGGCGUCCUCAUCCUCAUCGUCCUCGUGGCCUUCGCCGUGGGACGGUGGCGAGCCCGCACGGGCUACGAGUCCCUCUAAGAGCCCCUGGCGACCCCCUUCCUUGAGUUGCAGCUGGACCAGCUGACGGAGCCCUGCGUUUGAGUCUUUUAACGAGAGCCACCGACGGACAGAAAGGCCAAGAGAGAGAAAAUGCCAGACGCUAAUCCACUGCCCUUCCUUGGACUGCCAUUUGAGGACUUUCAGGGGGUUUUAGCUUUUUUUUUUAAAAAAAAAUUGUGCUGCUUAUGGCGGGUGGAGGGGGGAAAGGCGGGAUGUUAAAUAAGCACAGCUAGCCAUACAGGUAGUCCUUGAUUUACCACACUUAGUGACCGUUCGAAGUGACGACAGCCCUUUGAAAAAGUGACUUAUAAUUGUUUCUCACGCUUAAGACCAUUGCAGCAUCCCUACAGCCAUCGUCACGUGAUCAAAAUUCAGUUGGUAACUGACUCAGAGUUAUGACUGUUGCAGUAUCCGGGGGGGGGGUGUCCCCUUUUGCAACCACCGACCAAAAAAGCCAACGGGGGGGGGGGAGCCAGAUUCACUCAAUAAUAACAGCCAUUCCAUUAGCAACUGUGGCAAGGAAUUCACUGAAUGACUGUCCCACUUAGCAAUGGAUUUUUUUUCCCCUCCAGAGAGGAAACUGUGAGAAGGGAGGCAAAUAAAUUGGAUAAUAAUAGUAAUAAAAUAAUAAUAAAGAGGAAUGAGCAAUUGGAACGGAAGGCGCACCAAGGCGUUCGUUGAGUGGGGCUGCCCCCAGGCCUUUUAUGCAGCCGACCGGGGGGUGGGGGGGAGGGACGCUUUCAAACUCGACGUAAAGCGGGUGCAGUAAAGAGGAAGGAACCUGGUAGUUGGGAGGGAAGGAGGGAGGGAGGGUUUGCUUUGACCGUGGGAAUAAAACCUGCGGUUUCCCACUUUGUGCCCAGCAAAUCAGUUCAUUAAAGACCUUGGCGUGUCUUUUCA